AUGUUCAGAAAGAUCCACUCCAUCCUCCACCACGGCCCACAGAGGAAGGCGGCAGCCGAAGGCCCCUACUACACGGGAGCCAGCCCUACUGUCAGGCUGAUUCGCAGUACCUCCAUGUAUGUGGUUACGGACCACUUUGAGAGGCCCCGCGAGUCCUUAAAGAAGUACAGAAGUACCCACAGCAUGGACACCAGCCUGCACUAUCUGCAGCAGGAGGACCGCGCCUGGAUGUACUCACGCACCCAGGACUGCCUGCAGUAUCUUCAGGAGCUUCUGGCUCUGCGCAAGAAGUAUCUCAGCAGCCUGGGUGACCUGAGGCCCCAGCGCACACAGGGCUCUGGCUCCACCUCUUCCAAGUCCUCCAAGGGAACAACGCAAAAGACCCCAGGCAAGCUGUUCCUGUUGGAUAAGCGCCUGAGGCUCAUCUUCCACUUUGAAGAGAACAAAGCAGCCUCAAAGAAAUACUCCCAGUUCAGCAGUGAUGUGGCUGAGGCCAUCUCCUUCUUUGACUCCAUCAUUGCCGAGCUAGAGACAGACAAACGGCCGAGAGCUGCUGAGGCUGAGCAGCCUAACGAAGACGUGGACUUCGAUGUGGCUACCAGCUCACGGGAGCACAGCUUGCAUUCCAACUGGAUUCUGCGGGCACCGCGCAGACAUUCGGAGGCCAUUGCUGCCCAUGCCACGGCGGAUAGCCGGUUUCGGAGGAGCACCGAGCACAGGGUCGCUGGCACCCAGCGGAGGCUUGAGAGACACCCCAUAUACCUGCCCAAGGCUGUGGAGGGGGCGUUCAACACCUUGAAAUUUAAGCCCAAAGCCCACAAAAAGGACCUGGGGAGCUCCAGACAGAUCCUUCGCAGCUUCUCCAAAGAAGACAUGGAGUGGGACGAGGAGUUCUUCACACAGGAGUCCCCGGUGUCCCUGGAAGAGGAUCAUUAUGAGACAGAGAAUCCCAAAGGGGAGUGGCUGGUCCGAGAAAGGCUCUGGGAGCGGACAGUGCCCUGA